CCCAAUCUCAAUACUAUAAUUUUUUACUACACAUUCAACUGGUGUGAACCAUUCCGGCGGCGGAGAGAGAGAGAGAGAGAGAGAGAGAUGGAAGAAGAAGAAGAAGGAGAAUGGAGGAAGUUAAGCAUAUACAAAGCAGCAAGAAGCAUUAAACGAAGAGAGAACAGUUUAUACAACGCACUUAGAUCAAUCUAUCAAGACUCUGUUUUCGUUGGUGAAAUCUCUCAGUUAUGGCCUCAACUUCCUCUUCUCGCAAAUCUUCGUUGCGGUUUAUGGUACUCUUCUCUUUUCCAUUCAACUUGUUACUUCAAAUCCACCGAUGGUCACACCAACAAUUGCUCUUUCUCCACUUCUCGUCUCAACCUCCACGUCGCCCAUCUUGCCGGACAGAAGGGAGGUUGUAUGAUAGUUGAUUCUACAAGAAAAGGAAAGCGUUUCCCUGAUAGCAUGUCCAAAACCAUACCCAUUUGGACUUGUGUUCUUAAUCGUGCAAUUUCCCAUUUUAGAAGAGAUUCCAAUAUUCAUGAUGCUGCACCAUCACCACAAGAUGACAACACUGAUGGAUGUGAUGAGAUUGCAAAAGAUGUAUCUUGUGAUUGGGAUUGCUCUUUGCACCUCCCCCUUUGGGUUCCUCAAACAGAAAAGGCUUGCAUUGAGGAGAAGUUAGAGGAAUGGACUCAACAGUUGAAAGCAAGUGGAGCUGACAUUGCUUCCCUUGCUGCUAUCUUGAAGAAACCUUUACGUCCUCUAUGGAUUUCUCAGAAAACUGUAAUAUGGUUAAAUGAAGUACCUCACCAUGAUUCUUGGGAUUUCACUCCCAUCAUACUUGUGUCCGCUUCUUCGUCGAAUGGCGCAAGUCAACACAGUACUACCUCUGAGUUUAGCUGGAAUUACAUACCGGGUGCUGGAGACGAUGAAGAAAGUUGGGCUAGAGGUUUAACUCCACCUCUCUUUUGGAACCAUGUUUAUGAUCUUAUAAACUCGGGUCCUGAAGUUUGUAACCAGAAAGUUGCAGAUAUAGUUGAAAAGAGUAGGGUAUGUCGCGCUUAUAGAGGAGAGAAUGCUCCACAGGUUAGAGUUAAAUCCCUUUCAAAUGAAGAACCAUCAUUCGCUUCUGACAAUUCAAAUAUUGAAGUUGACACCAAGUCUUCUGAAAGUUUUGAAAUCUCUUGGUUGGGUUCAACUAAUUUGGCUGUUGGUGCAUCUCAAUUUGCUACAGAUGUAGCUGGUGUUGAUUGCAUAUUGAAUUGUGAUCAAGAGUCCAUCUCUGUCUCUCUUGCUAGUGCUGAAGCAUAUCUACAUCUUCCAAUGGUGAGUUCAAAGUUUGAUCGAUUUUCUUUAUCAAACAAGCUUCCUAAAGCUGUGAGCUUUGCAAAGUUAAACCUCAGCCAAGGAAAACGACUUCUGGUUUGUUGUAAUAAUGGGGAAGAUAUUAGUGUAUGUGUUUGUUUAGCAAUUUUGAUGUCACUAUUCGAUGAAAAAGAUACUUUUGAUGAUGGGAAAUCCUUCAAUGCAAGACACAUCACUAAAUGGGAUAUGAGACGACGGCUUGUAUUUAUCUGUAAGUUUGCAACAAAUGCUCGACCAUCCAGAGGAAAUUUGAGGCAAGUUUUUAACUUUCUUAUCGGGGGAAAAUGCAUUCUUCAAAGUCAGGAUGAUGGAAGUGAUGAAUGAUUUCUAGGACAUGCGAAUAUCACUUGUCAUUCCUUUAAAAGUUUCUAACUUAUUACUAUUAGUUAUUACCAUUCAUUUUUGUAUGCUUAAGUUUGUGCGGAUUUUCUGAUAAAUAACAGCAACUAUACCCUCUAUUUGGACUUUUGCCGAGGAAGGUCUUGAGAGAUGUAGGGUAGGAAUAAUAUCUCAAAUAAUGCUCAAGACUUUAUUCAUUCAAUGUUUAAACUAUUGAAUUGUAUUCCCAAAAUCUAAUCCAUACUUUAACUCCGA